AUGUCGUACAUCGUAAAGAGCUCCGAGCUCCGAGAGUGGUCGGCCAAGGAGCUCGACGUUGUUGUUGUCCUGCUUUGCAAACUCGAGCACCGCAGCCUCCCGGGCAAGCUGGGCCCGCUGGGCGUCGCGGCGGCGCUGAGCCGGCUCCUCGGCCGCGAGGUCACCGCCCGGCAGGCGCGCGACCUGCUCGCGGCGCUGCGGCGCGAGCACUGCGGCGCCCUGGCCCUCGUCGAGCGCUCGCCCCCGCCCUGGCACCUCACGCGCGCCCGGCGCCGCGUCCUGGAGCGCAGUCUCGGCCUCGGCUGGGAGCGGCGGCGGCGCCGCGUCGCUCCGCCGCGCAAGCACACAGAAGGGGGAAUAGCGACGCCUCUGCUCGACGGCAGCGAGCGCGGCCGCGGCUGA